AUGGCUUGCUUCCUUCUUCCACAGGUGCAAAACUGGCGCGACCACAAGAAGAAGUAGAGGAGUCUGUGUCGAGGCGGAGCUUACAUCUCCCUCGACACCGGAGCUUUCAGUCAUUAAUUAGGACAUAGCCUUUCAUAAUGAACGCGAAUAUGUUAUUGUUUCCGCCAUUAACACGGAUUACCAUUCAAAUCCAGACAAGCGAAGAACAAUGCACUGAUCUGCAAAAGGUAUGAAGCUGACAGUCACGGUAAGAUUCUCAUGGGCCAUGCACGCAGAAACCAAGGCCAAGAAGCUUUUGCAGAAUCUCAUGGCCGUCGAUCGCUCUUUGUGAGAUGCCCGGACGAACGCUCGAGAAAUGAAAUUCCACCGCUAGCUGCUCUCGAAAGGUACGCAUCUUCAUUCCCUUCCAAGUCACUUCCAAAAAUGCUCACGCAGCACGGAGAGAGAGAGAGGUGCAGAUCACGAAAAGGACGCACUCAGGUAAAUUUGACUCGUCAUCUGCCGUGAUUUCAUGGUUCCAAAGUUAGUACGACAUUCCCAUCAAUUUGUCGAUAACCCGAAGUCUAGGUGAGAAAGUUCGUGUUUGCAAACACCGUACGCUGUAGGGGAGAAAUAGGUAUUUUGGUAAUUUUUGAAAAAAAUAUAGACUUUUUAUUUUUUUUAUUUACAUUUUUAUUUGUAAAAAAAAAAUCUUUUUCAAUGUGAAUAGAGAGUAUUUUAAUCAUUACUUAUACUAACACACCAAAAUUCAUACACAAUAUGACGCAUAUAAGUACAUUUACUAUGAAAAUUCAUAGACAAUAUGGCGCAUAUAACUACAUUUACUAUGAAAAUUGAGACACAAUAUGGCGCAUAUAACAACAUUUACUAGAUUUGACCUUAUUGGAUCUUCUUUGGUCAGGUUCAGGAGAUGAGGUAAAAUCCUGUCUUUACAUAUCAUUUGGGUUGGACUCUUAUCAGGUCCAAAGGUCAUCUAAUUAUCAUACGCCAAGUCCAGAUCCAAAGAGGAUUUGAAUUCAUUUUCAGUACCUAUGAAUACAGUUUCGUUAAUUUUAUCAACUUGUCUGUUUUUCACCUACUUUUUGUUGUUUUUUUCUCAGUUUUCGUUUAUUAUUCUUUUCAUUUUUUAAGUUCUCGUUGUCAUGUUAAUAUAUAAUUUUCUUACAUAGAAGACACAUAAUUUAGUUUUACGACAUUUCGUGUUUGUCUUCUGGUAUUAGGCAUGUGAUCUGGUCUGGUGCAAUUUUUUCCAAAUUUAGUAAAAAAAACUACUUUGCUAAGUUUUGGUAUUAAAACUAAUUUAAACAAAAAACUAAACAGGAUAAUGUGACAGUAAUAUGCACAUGCACCUGUAAAAAAAAUGGUGAAAAACCAAGCCAAUGCAAAAUGAGGACUUGAACUUUUUACCAUGAGUUUCUUUUAAAACAAAAUUACAAAAAAAAAAAACUUUUCUUUACGAGUGAUUAAUUGAUAAAACAAAUGUAAGGGACUCCUAAAUGAAGAUCUUUGACUAAGUCUCAACCUUCUAUUUGUCAUAGCAUCUUCCUUUAAGAGAAAGUGGCACCUCAAACUCCUUUUAAUUCUAAAAAGAAAGACAUUGUGUGUUUGCAGAUUCCGAUAUGAGAUCUACAGUGAUCUCUAAUACUCAGAAUCUCAAAUAAGUAGAUUUGAGGUCUGACCUCCACCUGUGGGAUCUCGUCUAAUAUAUAGUGUGAAUUUAAAUUCCUUGUUCGCUUAAACUAUGGAUCUCACAAGUUCUCUUACUUUCAAGUGAGCUAGGAGACCUAUUACACAGCUGAAGUUGAAACUCUGAUACAACAUAUUGUUCGCGUAAUGUAAAAAGGUCUUCUUUCAGUGCCUUCGAGUGUUCUCCCUUUCCCAAAAUCCACUCUCGACUUGCGUCAUGGUAACUCAUUUUUUGUAGCACAAUCAGUUUGAUGCUUCAAAAACUUAAAAAUCUGUCGGUUUUUGUCAUGUCUGUCGUGUCAAUUUCCCUCAAAAACAAAAGUUUCCUGACUUGUCCUUACCAAAUUACAAAAAGGAAUGUUCUAGUAUUUUCGACUCUUCGACAAGAGUUGUGCAUUUAUAAAUAAAAGUACUUCAAAUAUUCUAACAUUUUUCACAACAAAUGCACAUAAAGGGCUAGUUUACCCUCAUUAUAUUGAAGGGUAAGCGAGUUUUCCUUUUCUCUCGAGAAUCUUUCUACUUUCUUCAUGCAAUAUGUCAUUCCAUUUAGACCUCAACAUUUACAUAAAAUUUUGAAAAAAAUACUUUAUUUUUUCUUUUUCCCGUUGACAACUAUAAAGGGAUCAGGAGCCUAACCAGGCAAAAUAUUAAAAACAAAUAGUUAAUCAGAUUUACUAAGGAACUUCACGGAAAUUUAAUUGCAUUGCCAACAAUAGUAAUAUUUUUCUUUCUUGUUAUUUUUCAACUUGAAAGCAGAAUUCGAAAACUAUAAACCCCUCAAGUUCUAAAAAUGGCAGACUUUCGCUUGAAGCAUUUAUUCAACAGCCAUAGGCAAAAGAGUUUAGUCUCUAUCAAAGACGAAAAAAGAAAAGAACUAAAGGCGCUUGUUUGGCACUCUUACGCAACACUAAAAUUAUCAUUGAGAUUCACAUCUUUAAUUAAAACUACAUUAAUAAUGUCCAGGAUGUCGUCAUUUCGAUUCUCAUAAACAUUAUAUUCAAAAGAAGAAGCACCUGUAUCCUGAAAAUUCUAAUAAGGGCAGGUGCGGCCACCAUUAUAGUCUAAGUUUUUGUUAUAGUUAACUAUCGUCAUUAGCUGCAAUGAAGGAUUGAUAACGAAUAAAGUAACUCGAGCUUGAUUUGUAGAAGCUUGACUCACACUUGACUUGCUAUUAAGCGAGUGAAGAUCAAAUCAAACAGCAAAGUUGAACAAACUAAUGCAACGUACUUAGUGCAAAUUAACUUUUAUAAGUGGAAGAAAAGAUAUUAUCCUUCAAAUCUUUUUAUACAUCGAGCAUUAGCACAAGAUAAAAAGGAAAAGCCAGAAUUUUGUGAUCAGCUUGUGAUUGUAACACGAAAUGAGUGAAAACACUUCCCGACAAUUUUAAUUAGUUCAUUCUUUAACUGUACUUAAGGCUUCAUAAGGAAGCAUCACAACAAAUUUAAUUGUAUUCAGUAACUAAUUUCGAAAGUUAGAUAAGAUGAUCGAGCAAAUAUAAAGGUUCGCGUGAUGCACAAGAACGUGAUAAAUUUAUUAUUUAACGUGGUAAAUUUAUUAUAGUACAGCUUUUCGGCCAGUGCUGUUUUGGACAAGCGGUCGGCCGGAGCCGCGGACGCGAGGCGGGCCACCGGCGCCGAGCCAAACAGGAAGGAAUCGAGAGUAAGAGGGCGGCGACCCAUCGGAGCCGUCCACUUGUGGAGCUGUGAACGGAAGAGAUGUAGGGUUCACCGGAGUUAGAUGGGGAGGGCACGCAUGACAAGACGCAGGGAAGGGGAGGCGUGUAAUCAAAGCAAAGGGAUCCGAGAGGGGAAGCGCCAAGCGGCAGCCAUGAGGAUUCGAAACAGCAGGAGCUCCAUCGACGUCCUCGCCGCCAUCUGCAGCAGCCCCUCGUCUUCUUCCAUGGCUCCUCCUCUCUGCUCCUCCCUGGAGAAGCCGCAGGCAGCAGCACCGGAAGUCGGAGUCUGCUUGGUGAACCAGUCCCCGUGGGAUGUCACUCCCCUUGUCCUCGCCUUCUUCCAUGUCGACGACGGCCGCUGCCACCGCCAGAAGGCGUUAGCGCAAGAGGCAAGCGCGUCGAAGGAGAGAAACGGCGGUUCUAGAUCCGACCAUCUUUCGCAAAGCAUUUCUUCGUUCAAGUCUGAGUCUGCUGGGAGGGACCGAAGGAAAGGGAAGGGAAAGCAGGAAGAGAAGAGAUCGGAUGCCCUUUGCUUUAAAUCCGAUGGGUCGGCGCCGGAAACUACGACGAUUCAUCCAAGCCUGCAGAACUCGAGGAGGCGGGCCGCCAAGAAAGGGGAAGAGGAAGGCUCGGCGGCGGCGAAGGACAGUCGGGGUGGGGGAGAGAAGGGUCGAACCUGCAAGAGGGAGGACGGUAAGGGGUGGCGGUGCAGCAACGAGGCCGCGCCCGGCAGCUCCCUCUGCGAACACCAUCUCUCCCAGGUCAGGUCCUACUGCAAGCGACCAUCCACCGAUUCCCGCGGUGGUGCGGGAAAGCUGCAGCCUAAUUCUACGGGAGCAGGAGGAGGAGAAGGGAGGAGAAAGAGGCCCAUGUCGUCGUCGUCGUCGUCGAUGGGCAGCUUCUAUUACUACGCAGGGUUCGGGCCGGCCUGGAGGGAGACGAAGAGGAAGAGGGUAUCUGCAGUAGCUGAAGACGAUGGCCAUACUGUAGAAGAUGAAGAAGAAGAAGAAGAAGAAGAAGAAGAAGAAGAAGAAGAAGAAGAUGCAGCAGCAGCUGAUGAUGACGAGGAUGAUGGGAAGGGCAAGAGUAAGGGAAGAAAGCGUGUGAAAUGCAGGUCUCUGAAGUCGUUGUUGUAACUCUUCUGUGCCAUUUACUCCAUUGCCGAUGAUGCUUGUCCUCUGUCGUUGAUAAACUUUAAUUUCGCUCAUUGGUGGGGCUUUCUGAGAAUGAUAAAAUGGAACAAUGGUUCAGUUAGGCCUUCUGAUCUCCCUGCUUCAUGAUUUUAUUGCCGCUUUCUUCUUCUACCUUAUAAAACUGAUCCUUUUCUCUU